AAUAUGUAAGGGUAUAUAGGAAAAUUACUUAGUAAAUGUGAGAAUGACACCUGCAUGGUUACAUCUAAUUGAUUAAAAAACGGGGAAAAAAAGCAAUAGUGAAUGUGACAUAGAAUGCAAGUUAAGUAUGAGUUUAUAAAAUUUAAUAAUUAUGAUAUACAGUGACAAUAUCGUAACGUUCUCUAAUCAUUAAUUUUUCAGAUAACAUUAAAUAGGGUAAUUAAAAUACUUAAUAAAUUUACAAAGUGUAGGAUUGUAGUCAUUCGGAAUUAGAUUGUUGCAAAAUUCGGUAACAUGUUUUUAAAAGACGAGGACAGUAUUCGAAACGAAUACUACGCUUACAAUUGUUUCUUUUUCAAAAUAAUUGGUUUAUACCAAUUUCGAUCAAAAUUCAAGCAAUUGAUUUACUUUUGUUUCAUAAAUUUUAUUAUAUCUACUCCAUUACUUGGACAAACAGCAAUGCUAUUUAGGUCAGAAUUAAAAAUUAAUACUAUUGCUAAAUUACUGGAAACAUUUUUACCUACUUUGUGUUUUAUAUCAUGUUAUUACAAUUUAUUAUGGAAUGGUGCAGUUAUGCAGAAUAUUUUACAUCGUAUCAAAUGUGAUUGGGUCGAAUUAGCAGAUAGACCGGAAUUAAUUAUACUCAAAAAAUACGCCAAUGUAAGCAGAUGGUGUACAAUUACAAUUGCAAGGGUAGCCAAUUAUUCUAUGUUUGUAGCAAUCAUACAACACGCAUGUGCAUUGUUCAAUAUUAUUACAUGGAGGAUAGAUGACAGAUGCAAAAAUAUCCAACAAAAUUUUGAUCAUAACUCAAAUAAUGGACAAUUAAUGGACGAACGUGAAUGGAUUGUCGGUAUCAUACAAUUCUACACUAAUACAAUUAAUUUUGUAGAUUUAAUAAAAUCGUGUUACGAGUCGGUUUAUUUAAUCGAAGCAUUAUUCGGAUCGAUUAUUAUUAUGAUCGAUUACGUUUACCUGUCAAAUACCGUUUUACUCUUUAUCAUUAAAAACACAAAAGAUGUUACUAUUUUUGAUAAUGAGAAGCAUAAGACCCUYGUUAAAGAUAGAGAUCGUUUGGRACAGUCAAAAAUAUUCGUAGACAAUGAAAUGCAGGCAGUACUCGAUAAAGAUCUGAGUCAAAUGCAAGACGAGUUUGCACUUACGUUGGGGUUGAAAGCAAAAAGCAGGCYUCAUGUCGCAAAAGUUGUCAAAAAAUUAUUGAGAAACAAUCAAAUGGGAUAUCAUACCACACCCGCU